AUGGCCGUGACGAAUUUUUGGGAUGAGGUAAUUGACACGGUCACGCGCGGAAUUAUGUCAUCAUAUGUUCUGUUCAAUCCAUCUCGCGUCCACAAACCAACAUCCUGUCCUCUAACCACCACCUCCGAACAACCGAGGCUUGCGACUGCAUCCUCUGAUGAGUACUCUAGCCGCCUCCUCCUCUUCCAUUCCACUAUCCCGCCUUUCCGACUUCCGCAACCACCGCAUCGAGCGAAGUCAACCUUGCUGACACAGAAUAUGUCUGGAUCUCAACCCAACUCUAUCUCAAAGAAACGGAAGCUAGAUGUCUUCGUCGAGAUCCCCCCGUCACCAUUCCAUCGCUCAACUCCUGGUAAUUCAUCUAGGCCUUUCAGCGGAACACCACUACAAGGGCGACGUAGUCAAGCCUUUGUCGAUAUUCCGCCCCCGCCAUUGUCUAAAUCAUUCAUGAAGGGUACGCUCAAUAAUGGCAUAAGGCCAAGCCCACUUUCGAAGAGGGCUUUCAACGUCAAUGCAUCUACAGAAUCUCCAAAUAAGAAACCCAAGUUAUCCAUGACAGCGAAACAAAGAGACAAGGAGCCGGAAGGUUAUCCCAAUGGCUACUUUCGCUGUCAUCAAUGCCGACGGAAAUUUGAUAACUCAUUGGGCCUUCAUUGUACAAUUCUUUCCAAGAAACGCUGCAAAUCCAAAUAUUGCAAGCCUUGCCUGAGAAAUAGAUAUGGUCAAGAUAUUGAAGCGAUAAAGCAUUGUACAGCCGCUCAAAAUGGAAGACAUGUAUCUGAAGCGGGCUAUCAAUGGGCUUGCCCUAAAUGUGAGGAUACCUGCAAUUGUAUUCGGUGUCGAAAGUCGAAAGGACUUCCUCCUACUGGAAGAAUACCGGUGCAGUUACAACCCAUGAUGCCGAAUGUUCCGCUGCAUACAGCUAUGGCGAACGUAUUCAGGCUCAAUUCGAAUAUUCAAAGUAGCGACGCGAAGAGCCUUCAACCGGAGCAACCAAAAACACGAGCUCCACGAGUCAAGAAGCCGAUCCGAGAGCCGAAAUGGACCGCGGUGCCGACGGAGCUGGACCUUUCGCAAGCCGAAGAUAGGUUUUAUAUACGAGAAUUCAUGCUACGAUUUUCUCCAUUAAUAACGAGAGUCGGCGUUACCCAUUUAGAAGAUCUGGACCUCUUUGACGUGCUCAGCCGACCGUGCGCGAAGGCGCUUAUAUACGGGUUACUUGAUUUAAUUGUGGCGGAUGCAGAGCCGGAUGAACAGAAAAUCAUUCGCGAGACACUGAAGAAAAUCAGCAGCUCAGGCUCAGAUCCCGCAGUGCUCUGGGCUCGUCUCAAGAUUCUUCGAAAGGCCUUGCCGAACGAUUUCUUCGUCGUUCCAAUUCCGGACCCCGCAUCCCGACCUUCGUUCGCAGAAGAUGAUGCCGAAGACGAGGCCGACUCAUACACAAAUCGCACAAGCUCCCGCAUUAAGUCACGCACAAACACAAGAAAUACGCCUGGAGAUGAAGAAGUCCUUAUCCUGGAUAAUAGCGUGACACACCCUCUGCAGCUUAUACCCUGCAUCAUCGCACUUUGCGAAUGUGCCAUGCAAGGACCCUCUAUUCGCGCUGACAUUGAAAAACAAGCGAAUGACGCACGGGAAAAGAAUCGGUCGUAUUUCUCGGAGAUACGCAAGGAGAACGAACGCUGGGCUGAAGAGCGUGUUUCUCUUGGAUGGGGCGAAAGGAAGGAUGAUAAAGAGCCAGUGAACGAUCAGAGCGCUGAAGGUACUUCGGAUAAAGGAAAGGCUAGAGAGAAAGAUCCGGAGAAGGACAAGGCAUAUCGCACUGCUUACGCAGCCCAUAAACGGAAACUCGCGACACUCGAGAAUGCGCGUAUGCUCGAACUACAAACUUAUGCACCACGUUUUGGUUCAUUAGGCAGGGAUUCAUCUGGGCGUGUGUACUAUGCUUCUUCUAUGCGCCAGGACAAGGACAAACGCAGGAAGCCAAAGAUACCGGAUGAAGAGGACCGAACAGGACUCCGCAAGUGGGGCUGGUUCCUCGCGGUCUGGGGUCCGGGUGGAAUAAUAGGGCCUGCUAAACAUGAGAAGGAGGAACGUUGGUGGGGCUUCGCAGACCCUAAGGAGAUUCGACAACUUGCGAAGUGGCUUGGUGCUGCAGAGGGCGUCGAUGGGAAGGACACUUUCGUUGAAGGCCCUGGAGGCUCAACUGUGAAGGGGAUAGAAGACUUGAAGAAGGUUAUUACCAGUUCAAAUAGCUCAGUGACGAGUCCCGAGCUUGGAACUCCAACUCGUACACACGUUAAGGCACUUGUGAAAGGGAUAAACGAGUAUGCUGAUUUGCUUGAGUGGCGUCUUGGUGAGGAAGUUUAG